AUGAGUAGAGGUAUUGCCAUUUUAUCUAUUGAUACAAAACAAACGAAACAAAAUCAACGCUUAGCGUGCCAACUGUGCGCCGCAGAUACAAUAGUAAAAACAAACCCGGACUGUGGGAUGAGCGAAGGGGUACGCCGCAUUGCACCAGUUGAAUCUCAACCCCUGAACACCCCAAGGGUGCGCCCCUCCGCCGCAUCCCCCCAGAGUCCUGCGAAGUACUUGUUGACGUACGCUCGUGCAGGAUCGGGAUGCUUACAGGAU